AGCGGCUGGCUGGGCUGACUGGGCUGGCCGGCGGGCGAAGGGAGGCGCGCUCCCAGCAGGCGGACUCAGUCGGCGCCGCCGCCGCCGCCGCGUUCCUCCCCUCGGGCAGCGUCCGCUCGCGGGAGGAGGAGGCGGAGAGGAGGCGGCAGCAGCAGCAGCUUCUCCGUCGCUCGACGUCCAGGGAGCCCGCAAGAAGGCAGCAUCCUCGGGAAGCGCCGCCAGCAGCGUCCGCCACCUUCGCCAGCCGAAGAGGCGAGGGCGGCCACAAAGGGCUCUUUGUGCGGCGGCGGCGGCGGCGGCCCCUUCGUCCUUCUCUCUUGGCCGGCGCCAGCAUGGGGGCAGCCAGCGCCACCUUCGUAGCCGUGCUGGCGGCGUCCGCCUUCGUCCUCUUCCUCGACGCGGCAGGCGAAAUGGAAAUACCGGAUUCUGACGAUCCUUUAAGCCAAAUGGAUGGACAUGACAGACCAGUGCCAACACACAAAGGCUACUUUUUGACCUUUUUGGAACCAGUAAACAAUAUCACCAUAGUCCAGGGCCAGACGGCCAUUCUCCACUGCAAAGUCGCAGGAAAUCCAUCACCAAAUGUCAGAUGGCUAAAAAACGAUGCGCCCGUGGUUCAGGAACCAAGAAGGAUCACUAUAAGGAAAACAGACUAUGGCUCACGACUUCGAAUCCAAGAUCUUGACACCACCGACACGGGGUAUUAUCAAUGCGUGGCCACAAAUGGGAUGAAGACGAUCACUGCAACAGGAGUUCUGUUUGUAAGGCUGGGUCCAACACACAGUCCGAACCACAAUUUCCAGGAAGAUUACCACGAAGAUGGUUUUUGCCAGCCUUACAGGGGAAUUGCUUGUGCUCGCAUCAUUGGCAAUAGGACCAUUUACGUGGAUUCCCUCCAGAUGCAAGGGGAAAUUGAGAACCGAAUCACCGCUGCAUUUACCAUGAUUGGCACAUCCACCCAUUUAUCGGAUCAGUGCUCCCAGUUUGCCAUCCCAUCUUUCUGCCACUUUGUGUUUCCUCUCUGCGACGAGCGUGCUCGGACACCUAAACCAAGGGAGCUCUGUCGGGAUGAGUGUGAAGUUCUGGAGAAUGACCUCUGUAGGCAGGAAUACAACAUUGCUAGAUCUAAUCCGCUGAUUCUGAUGCAACUCCAGCCACCCAAAUGUGAAGACCUGCCACUGCCAGAAACCCUGGAGGCUGCCAACUGCAUAAGGAUUGGAAUACCUGUAGAUCGGCUCAACAGGUAUCACCAGUGUUACAAUGGCUCUGGAGCAGAUUAUAGAGGCACCAUCAGUGUCACAAAGUCAGGCCACCAUUGCCAGUAUUGGGACUCUCAGCAUCCUCAUCCCCAUCACUUGUCAAGCACAGAGUUUCCAGAGCUUGGAGGGGGACACGCAUACUGUCGCAAUCCUGGAAGCCAGAUGGAAGGUCCCUGGUGUUUUACACAAAACAAAAACGUACGCAUGGAACUGUGUGAAGUACCUUCUUGUAGUCCACGUGACAACAGCAAGAUGGGGAUCCUCUACAUCCUGGUACCCAGCAUAGCAAUUCCUCUGGUUAUUGCCUGCCUUUUCUUCUUGGUGUGUAUGUGCAGGAACAAGCAGAAGACAUCUGCUACUACUCCGCAGCGUCGCCAGCUGAUGGCAUCUCCUAGCCAGGAUAUGGAAAUGCCUCUCAUUAAUCAGCACAAACAGACUAAGCUGAAAGAGAUCAGUCUCUCCACAGUGAGGUUCAUGGAGGAGUUGGGCGAGGAGAAGUUUGGGAAAGUUUAUAAGGGUCACCUGUUUGGUACAACGCCAGGCGAGCAGACGCAGACAGUUGCCAUCAAAACCCUCAAGGAUAAAGCCGACUUAGCCCUCCGGGAAGAAUUUAAACAUGAAGCGAUGAUGAGGUCAAGGUUACAGCACCCAAAUAUUGUUUGCUUACUGGGAAUAGUGACGAAAGAGCAGCCCAUUAGUAUGAUUUUUAGCUACUGUUCCCAUAGCGACCUGCAUGAGUUUUUGGUUAUGAGAUCCCCUCAUUCUGACGUCGGCAGCACUGAUGACGACAAGACCGUGAAGUCCACAUUGGAGCCAGCAGAUUUUUUCCACAUUGUGACUCAGAUAGCGGCAGGGAUGGAAUACCUGUCAAGCCAUCACGUCGUCCACAAAGAUUUAGCCACUAGAAAUGUAUUGGUGUUUGACAAACUCAGUGUGAGAAUAUCCGACUUGGGCCUUUUCAGGGAAGUCUAUUCUGCUGACUACUACAAACUCAUGGGGAAUGCUCCUCUGCCUAUACGGUGGAUGUCCCCCGAGGCAAUCAUGUAUGGCAAGUUUUCCAUUGAUUCCGACAUCUGGUCCUACGGAGUGGUAUUGUGGGAGAUCUUCAGCUACGGCUUGCAGCCUUACUGUGGCUAUUCCAACCAAGAUGUCAUCGAAAUGAUAAGAAACAGGCAGUUUUUGCCGUGUCCCGACGACUGCCCUGCGUGGAUGUACUCACUGAUGUUGGAAUGUUGGAACGAAUUUCCCAACCGAAGGCCAAGAUUCAAAGACAUCCACAACAGGCUGAGAACCUGGGGGAACUUGUCGAAUUACAACAGCUCGGCACAAACGUCCGGGGCGAGCAACACCACGCAAACCAGUUCCCUCAGCACAAGCCCCGUUAGCAAUGUCAGCAACACUAGGUACGUUGGACCAAAGCAGAAAGCGCAAGCUUUCCCUCAGCCACAGUUCAUCCCAAUGAAAGGACAGAUACGGCCGAUGGUUCCACCACCUCAACUCUACAUUCCCGUGAAUGGUUACCAACCGAUGCCGGCCUACGGAGCUUAUUUGCCCAAUUUUUAUCCCGUGCAGAUCCCGAUGCACAUGGCUCCUCAGCAGAUGGCUCCUCAGAUGAUUCCAAAACCAGGCUCCCAUCACAGUGGCAGUGGUUCCACAAGCACGGGAUACGUAACAACCGCUCCCUCCAAUGCCUCGGUGGCGGACAGGGCUGCUCUGCUGACUGAAGGUGCAGAUGAUGCUCACGCCGCAGAAGAUGUUGCUCAGAGUCUGGUCCAGGAAGAGGAGGAGGAAGAGGGCUCAGUGCCCGAGACAGAAUUAUUGGGUGAUAAUGACACUCUUCAGAUGGACGAGGCAGAAUUCCAGACAGAAGCCUAGAGGUGUUGCCUUACUACAAAGACAAAAUGGGGCACGUCUUCAGUCCACUGGAGACUGUUGUCCUUUUGACUUGCAUAGUCAAUGUGCUCCCCUCCCCCUUUGGACUUUUACACACACUAUAAUCCAAAACCACCUGAGAUGCAACAAUAAUGACAUAUCAUGUUUAAAGGAUUUUUCUUUCCGGCAGAUGUAUGCAAAUAUGAAGAUUGGGAAUUGCUGUUUCUGAAUCUAGGGUUGAUUGCAGUUUUUGCAGGGAGGCUGCUUUUAUAAUAUACUGUUGCUGUGCAACAGAAAGUGGAAAUGCAUUGCACAUCAUGUAUAUCUUGAACUCUGAUUGUAAUUUUUUUUUAAAGAAUUCUGGCAAAAUCAGUAACCAAAAAAAGAGAGAGAGAGAGAGUUGGUCAACAAUAACACACAGGGUUGUUCUGUAUGUGGAAAAGUGCUUAAGGUAUAAGGGACAUCCUACAAACAGAAUCUUUGUCUUUUUGAUAGAAUUGAUUUGCAGGGGGGUUAUUCAAAUAUAGGUAAGAAGAGACAGGUAAGAAUAUUCUUCCAAAUUUGAAAUAUAGCUGAAGUUCAGGUAAGAAAGCAGAAUGACUGGUAUAUCUUAGUGACUGAGCAUUGCAUCCCGCCCCCCGCCCCCCCCGCUGAAGAAGUGAAUUGAUUUCCAUUAUAAAGGAAUGGAAGUAUAACAUACAUUUUAGCAGCAAAUAUAUUUUUCUAACUAAAGUAAGUGACCUGGUAGGCUUUGCACUAACUGAAUAAGCCAACCUCUUUUGCCUGUUGUGGUCAAAUCUUGAUAAAGGGCUCAGAAAUACAUUAGCACAUAUUAUUGAUCGUGUUGAUCAAUAAGAAUUUUAAACUCAUUUUGAAUUUAGUUAAAAAGGUGCUAGAAAAACACAUACCCUCCUUUGUUUUUCUUUUUAAAAAGAACCUUUUUAGAGAUUGUAGAUCUUUAAAGACCAAAAUAAGCAAUAUUGUAUAGAAUGUGUGGAUACAUGUUUGAUGCUUUUUGGUGAGAUGAAUCAUGUACAGACUUUGAAAUGUAAUUUAUGUUUUGUUACAUUUUAUAUGGGUUUUUUAUUGCAGCAUUUGGAUCUUUGAAAAGAAUGCCUAUAUAACUUAACCGUUUACAUUAUGCUUUGUAAUAUUUUAUUGGGAUUGGGAUUUGUAUGCUUUGAUAUGUUGAUAAAUACUGGUCCAAACAUUUCAUAGCCAUACAUUUCAUACAUUCUGUAAUAUAAAUAUUCCCUGAAUUGUAUUAUAAUGUAGCUACAUAUACAUUGUAGUUCUAGGCUGUAAAUCCAUCACAUGGACUAUCUAAGAAAGCAGCACAUAAAUAUUUGAUUAAUUUGUAAGAUGUUGUAAAAAGAAAAAAGAAAAAAAAUACACUGUAAAUGUGGAAAUUCUCAUUUCCAUUCUGCCAUGUUUUACCAUAAUAAACUGUGCCUUUGCGAAGUACAUUUGGGUUACGUGAAGCACACAUUGCAAUUUGCAGCCUGUCUUAGUAACAGGAACUGCUUAACUGGUUUCCAGUUUAUCUCUUGAAAUUUGCUAUGCACUGGUAGGUAAACAAUGAAAAGCUCUCUUGCUUGUUAAUAUAAAUGUGAGUUGGAGAAUAUCAAUAAAUCAUACAAAUAAAA